AUGCAGGAACUGUGGAUUGAUGGAAUUGAGUGGGAUGAUGCAGUUCCGGAUAGGAUUGCAAAUAAUGUUUAUCAAUGGUUUCAAGAACUAAACGAUCUCCCAAAAUUAAACAUUCCCAGAUCUUACGGUGCUGUUGCUUACCAACAAUGUUUAUAUGACACAGGAGAAGUGACCUGUGUGAUCAUAAUGUCAAAAGCCCGAGUAAGUCCAUUGCAAUCUAUUAGUAUACCAAGACUUGAGUUACUUGGAGCUUUCCUCGGUUUACGACUUGCAGAGAAGAUUAUCAAGGCAUUGAAGCUGGAAACUAAGGACGUAACUAUAUGUCGAAAGUUGAAACCAUUUGUUGCCAACCGUGUUGGAUUCAUUCAAUCAAAGACUGAACUAAAACAAUGGAGAUACAUACCAACAAAAACUAAUGUAGCUGAUUUACUAACAAGAGGAACAACUGUUAAAGAAUUAGAAAGCAAUUAUGUAUGGUGGCAUGGACCAAGUUUCCUUAAUUCUUUAGAAGAAAAAUGGCCACAGAAUCACAUUGAAGUUACACAAGAGGCUUCAAUUGAAGUAAAGAAAAAUCCAGUAUUAAUGAAUUUUGCAUUAUCCACUGAAGUAACAAAGCAAUUGCUUGAUAUAAACAAGUUCUCAUGUUGGAAAAAACUUGUCAGGAUAAACGGCUGGAUCCAUCGGCUUAUAGGAAAUUGUCGAUUUGAAACAGACUUUCGUAAAAAGGGUGAUAUAGCAGCUGAUGAAUAUCAUGAAAGCGAAAAAGAAAUCAUAGCUAAAGCUCAAAAAGAAAGCUUUAAAGAAGAAUAUAGCAACAUUGAAAAAGGAAAACCGAUAUCGAUAUCAAGCAAAAUUAUUUCUUUAAAUCCGCAAAUUGACGAAGACGGAUUAUUGCGAUCUUGCAGUCGAUUGCAAAAUGCCCAUUACUCACCCUACGAUAUCAAGAAUCCAAUCAUUUUGCCGAGAAUACAUACAAUAACAAAAAAUUGA